AUGAUCAACGAUAAAUUAAACCAGGAGGAAACCCAAAUCAUUGAAGGUUUGGUGCUUCCAAUAGUACAACUCUCGAAUACUCUUCUAAGUUUUACAGAUUGUGUUCUGGAGUCCUACAUGUACCCAAAUGGACUCAAUAUGUCAGCGGGAGCUCUACUACGUGAAAACGGACUUUUGGAAAAGAAGCACAUCAACGAAUGCACUGAUAUUGGUCAUCCCAUCGUUUUUCACUUGAUAGUAUUGAGAGAAUAUAUUCUAAAGCUUAAAGCAACACAAAUAAAUAGUUCUGUUACAAAUUUCCUCAGUUGUCCAUCCGGAAAGCUACAUAGUAAGAUCACUCAGAUUUUAACUUUGAUAAAUAAAACGUUAUCUGGAGAAGAUAAAUUCAAUAUACGGGAUGGGAUUUAUCGUAAACAUUUCCAACAUUAUCAAAAAGAUUUUACUACCAUUCAAGAGCUUCAUGCUAGGUUUUUAACACUCACCGAAAUUGCAGCUAAUUGUUUAAAAGAAGGUCUUUUAUAUCAAUCAUUCCAAUCAGACGUACUUUAUUUCUUAAAUGACCUGGGACUUUUCCACAAGGAACUCAUAAUGAAAUCUGUUGCUUUAAAUGAUUACCUUGCUUUCAAAGCUAUAACACUAGAAUCCGACGAUAGAGCCUCUAUUGAGAGGUUAAUUUUUGACAAAUCAGGUUCUUUCGAUAAAUUCUUAGAAGACAGGAAGAACCUUCUGGGUAUCUCAAAUAGACGUAUCUUUCCAAGAAACUGA